UAAAAAUGAAGGAGUUUGUUGUACUUAUCAUACUAAGUUGUCUUUCGGUUGUCGUUCUUUCAGCAGAGCGUAUUCCUUUAUGCCCCGUCAACUCCAGUCCAGGAUGCAAACCUUGUUGUUCAGAUCCAAGUUGCAACAACAGGAGACCAAUAUGCCUAGAUAUUUACUGUUCAGAUUUGCGUCCAGGUGUGUGUCAAUUUCAAUGUAGAUGCCAUCCAGGUUAUUUAAAGAAUAUCAAAGGUCAGUGUGUUCUACCUGGUCAGUGCCCUCCACUACCAGUUGGAAAAUAAAUGCUAAAGUUAGGAGUUGUUAGUUAUGUUUUAUAGAAGUAGAACAAUAAUUGUUAUACAAUUAAACUUAUUCUUCUUGAA